CACUUAUAAACCCUAUUUAUAGCUUCACUGCUUUUUCACUCUCGGCGCGAUUUAGGGUUUCUCUCUUCUUAGCCUCCUUUAUUCAUUCGCAACCUGCUGGUCAUCUCCAAAUCUAGCCAUGGCGGAGCAGACUGAGAAAGCCUUUUUGAAGCAGCCCAAGGUGUUUUUAAGCUCGAAGAAAUCAGGGAAGGGAAAGAGACCCGGAAAGGGAGGGAAUCGAUUUUGGAAGAACAUUGGGUUGGGUUUCAAGACACCCAGAGACGCAAUUGACGGUACUUAUAUUGACAAGAAGUGCCCAUUUACUGGCACUGUCUCUAUUAGAGGUCGUAUUUUGGCCGGUACUUGUCACAGUGCUAAGAUGAACAGGACCAUCAUUGUUAGGCGCAACUACCUUCAUUUUGUGAAGAAGUAUCAGAGGUAUGAGAAGAGACAUUCUAACAUUCCAGCACACAUAUCACCAUGCUUCCGUGUGAAAGAGGGAGACCAUGUUAUCAUUGGCCAGUGCAGGCCUCUGUCAAAGACAGUCAGAUUUAAUGUCUUGAAAGUGAUACCAGCUGGGUCUUCUGGUGGUGCAAAGAAGGCAUUCACGGCAAUUUGAGUUGGAGAUGUGGUUACAUUAAAUUUUGUUACUGUUGUCUUAUCAGACUUUGUUAUUUGGAUUUGCCUCUAGUAUUAAAAUCUUUGUUAUGACGUUCAAUUUCUAGAUAAGUGAAUUGUUAAUCUAUUUUUGUUAUGCCAUUUAGCGAAUAUUUGGUGUUUGUGAUAAGAGGAUGUUUUCUGAGGGCUUGUUUCUUACAAUGCAUACAUACAUUAUGAA